ACCAAAUCCACUGCCAUGUCCGCUUUCCUCUCUAUAAAGCCUUCUUUCUCUGCUGUGUCUUCCGAUUUUCUUAUAUUCAUAUAAACCCAUCAAUUUAUUCCCAGUUUCUUGCUUUUCUUGUUCAAGAGCAAAACCCAUCUGUACUUUUCUUUUUUUGGGCGUAAAAACUUAAUCUUUGAAGUGGGACUGGCCUCAACGCUGUGGGAAUUUGCAGUUUCUAGUGAGAUGACAAUUACAGAGUACAGAGAAGAAGAGAAUGGGAGCCAUCCCCUUCUUCUUGAAUCUGAUAUGACUUCAAGGCCCAGGCGUAUUGCUCUCUUCGUUGAGCCCUCUCCAUUCGCUUAUAUAUCUGGUUAUAAGAAUCGAUUCCAGAAUUUCAUCAAAUAUCUGCGGGAAAUGGGGGAUGAGGUAAUGGUUGUGACAACACAUGAAGGGGUGCCAGAAGAAUUUUAUGGAGCGAAAUUGAUAGGGUCACACAGCUUUCCCUGCCCCUGGUACCGUAAGGUCCCCCUUUCUCUGGCUCUUAGCCCUAGAAUAAUCUCAGAAGUCGCACAAUUCAAGCCUGAUAUAGUACACGCGUCAUCGCCUGGUAUAAUGGUUUUUGGUGCUCUCUGCAUUGCAAAACUCUUGUCUGUGCCCAUAGUUAUGUCUUACCAUACCCACGUUCCAGUAUAUAUUCCAAGAUAUACUUAUAGUUGGCUGGUCCAACCUAUGUGGUUAAUUAUAAAAUUUCUUCAUAGAGCAGCUGAUCUUACACUCGUCCCAUCUGCUGCAAUUGCAAAAGAUCUGGAAGAGUACAAAGUAACAGAAACUGACAAAAUCCGUCUCUGGAAUAAGGGCGUUGAUUCCCAGAGCUUUCAUCCUCAAUAUUACUCAGAGGAAAUGCGUUUAAGACUAAGUAAUGGGGAGCCUGACAAGCCACUGAUAGUCCAUGUUGGGCGACUUGGAGUUGAGAAGAGUUUAGAUUUCCUUAAGAGGGUCAUGGAUAAAAUUCCCGAAGCUAGAAUAGCCUUUAUAGGAGAUGGGCCUUACAGAGGGGAACUCGAGAAAAUGUUCUCUGGCAUGCCUGCUGUGUUCACGGGUAUGUUACAAGGGGAGGAGCUUUCUCAGGCUUAUGCCAGCGGAGAUGUUUUUGUCAUGCCCUCGGAAUCUGAGACGCUCGGGCAAGUAGUGCUAGAGGCCAUGUCGUCUGGACUUCCUGUGGUGGCUGCCCGGGCUGGAGGAAUCCCGGAAAUUAUUUCAGACGAUCAACAGGGCAAGAUUGGCUAUCUGUUCAAUCCCGGUGAUCUCGAUGACUGUUUGAGGAAACUGAAGCCUCUUCUAUGGGACCCUGAGCUGAGAGAGACUAUUGGCAAAGCUGCACGCGAUGAAGUGGAGAAAUAUGACUGGAAAGCAGCGACCAAAAAGAUUCGCAACGAGCAGUACAAUGCUGCCAUUUUGUUUUGGAGGAAGGAGAGAUCCCAGUCCCCGGGGCCAUUCCAGUGGUUAUUUAAGCGUAUGUUCCAGACACCAGAUGUCGAAAACAGGUGAAGCAUUUCGUGGAUGGAAAGCCAUUUUCGUGAAACCUUAUUCUUCUCUAAGAUGUCUGCAUUAUUACCAUCCUUAACCUCAAAAUCUAGUCCUCCUGUGCCAUGGUUGUAGAAUUUCGACAUGAAAAAUUCGGGGUCUGUUGUGCCCCUUUUCCAUUCAAACUCUCAAAUUGAUGUACAUGUAGUUAAAAGCCCCUUAGCUGAGUGUCUUAAAGAUUGAAAGCUAUGAAAUUUGCACUUCUAUAGAUUGAAACCUGGGAAAUUUGCACUUCUGUAGAUUGAAACAUGGCACUUGAUGCUUUUACUAUU